AGAGGGAGAGCGUAGUAAGACUGACCGAUAGCUUGCUCCUUGCUACAAAACGUCCCGAAGACCGGACUUAUCGAAAUGUUGGGUUCGAACGCACCGAAACUCCUAUUACCGUGUAAUAUAAAGUAAACAGCGGAAUACGUGUGAUGAAAUUAUCGGGUCUUAAAUCGUCGGGAGCUGCUUUUCCGUUUCACUCUGUGUGGCGUGGCAGGCUGGGCUGGAGCUGUGUGUGGAUCACUUCCAAACUUCUCAGUAGCGGUGUAAAGGAUUGGAUUUAAACACCGUAACACACUAGCUAACAAACGUUACUUCCAACUGCAAACAUGGAGACUAAACAUGAGACUGGAGCCCAGACUGCUCUGGACUUGGAGCGGGAAAGACAGUAUUGUGAACUUUGUGGGAAAAUGGAGAAUCUCCUCAAGUGCAGCCGGUGUCGGAACUCGUUCUACUGCAGCAAGGAACACCAGAAGCAGCACUGGAAAAUGCACAAACUCAUCUGUAAAGAAUCUGAGGCGAAGUCGCAGGUUUCAAACCAGAAGCCUGCUGAACGUCGGGUACCGUCUGGGGAUGGGGGGACAGAGGGACAGACACUACCGCCACAAAAAGGACCACCAGCGGAGCUGAAGACACGCGUCGAACCCGACAACACCGCAUCUCGGAGCGGAGAGACUAGAAUGAAAGGUUUUAUAACUAACGCAGAGUGCGCGGGGUCCUCGGUCGAUCAGCCAGGCGGGUCUAAUAACAAUACCAAACCCAACGGACAAACCACCACCCGGUCCACGCCUCAGAAACUCGCCAUGGAGUACAUAGUCCCGUGUAUGACUAAGCAUGGGAUCUGUGUAGUUGACAACUUCCUCGGCGGGGAAACGGGGCUGGCCAUCCUGGAGGAUGUCAAGGUGCUGCAUAAAACCGGGAAGUUUACCGACGGUCAGUUGGUCAGUCAGAAAAGUGACUCCACUAAAGACAUUAGGGGGGAUAAGAUCACAUGGAUCGAGGGCCGAGAGGCCGGCUGUGAGAAGAUCCGCUUCCUCAUGAGCCGUAUGGAUGAUCUGGUCAGACAUUGUAACGGUCAACUGGGAAACUUUACAAUAAAUGGAAGGACUAAAGCGAUGGUGGCAUGUUACCCAGGCAACGGGACCGGAUACGUACGCCACGUGGACAACCCGAACGGAGACGGGCGAUGUGUCACCUGUAUAUACUACCUAAAUAAAGACUGGGACGCCAAGGAACAUGGGGGUGUUCUGCGUAUCUUCCCAGAGGGUAAAGCUCAGUUCGCCGACAUCGAGCCUAAGUUUGACCGGUUGCUGUUCUUCUGGUCAGACAGACGGAACCCACACGAGGUCCAGCCAGCCCACGCUACUAGGUAUGCCAUCACAGUGUGGUAUUUUGAUGCUGAUGAACGAGCCAGGGCUAAAAAGAAAUACCUAACAGGAGCUGGAGAGAAAGGAGUGAAGGUGGAACUGAACAAACCAUCAGACCCCAGCUAGUGAGAGAGAGGAGAGGAGAGGAUGGGAGGAGACCCCCCAUCUACCAGCCAUGAACUCUACGGGUGGACUGACUCCUCAACUGACCUUGAAUGUCAUGACGUCACAGGACUGUCCCCUCUCUGUCUGUGGCCUAAAUGGGAACCUAUUUCAUACGUAGUGCACUAGUGACCAAAAUACAUGCUCAUUGGAGAAUCUCCAUUGAAAUAGCUUUUUAUUCCAGGACUAGACUAUGGGCCCUGGUCAAAAGCAGUUCACUAUGUAGGGAAAAGGGUGCCAUUUGGGAUGAAGUCUGUGGCCUUUUGGUGAAGACAGAAUACUGAGACAAAAGAGCGGACAUUUAGAGAACGCUUCGAGCUUCAGGAACCAACCAACCCCUGAGAGACUGUCAUUCUGUUGUCUUUUACUGUGUUCUGGUUUUGUGGUAGAUUCCUUAAAGGUACAGGGUCCAUACUUACGAACUCUGAGUUGACCGUAUUGCGUGUGCGCCUUGUGGUAGCAAGGCUUCUAAUUGUGACAUGUUUUCCUAUGGGAAAAGCUAACAGCUAGCAUAGUUUUAAAAGGUUUAAGCAGAGGGUUAAUUCAGAGUUCGUAAGUAUGGACCCACAGUGUUUUGCAGACACUUGUUGUGUUAAUGCUGUUUACAUGGAAUAAGCUGUUUUAAGCUUUUUGUUAAAUGAGCUUCUGGAGGUUUUUGAUAACAUGAGGAAAGAUCUCAAUUAACAAGGUUUUUGAUAACAUGAGGAAAGAUCUCAAUUAACAAGGUUUUUGAUAACAUGAGGAGAGAUCUCAAUUAAAAAUAUUUUUCGGACAGUA